CUGUGCCGGGCGCUGGAGGACUUGUUCGGAAGCGCGAACGUGGCUGACUUCGGCGCCGGUCUCGGUCACUACGGCCAGUGCUUCCUCAGGAGUUACAAGAGCUUUGUGGAAACCGAAGACGAGGGCGAGAAGGCGGAGAUGGCGGGGAAUUUCGCGCGGGAAAUGGCGGCUGCGAAUCUCACCGGUAGAGGGCAGGUCGUUCGCUCGUGGAAAGGGUGGGACGGCGCGGCCAACAUCGCCCGUCUGAGCCGCGGCAGGAUCGGCCGGCUGAACCUCGCCCGCCGCGUGGAUGUGGGCGCGAGGUUCGACUGGGUUCUGAGCCUCGAGGUCGGGGAGCACAUCCCGAGGGCGUUCGAGGGCGUCUUCAUGGAUAAUCUGGUGAAGCACGCCUGCACAGGCAUCGUGCUGUCAUGGGCAGUGCCAGGCCAGGACGGGCACCACCACGUCAACACCCGAGAAAACGAGUAUAUUAAGGCGAGCAUGGCAGAACGGGGCUUAGUGGCCGACGAGGAGGCCGAGAGGAAACUUCGGGAGGUGGCAUCGCUCCCCUGGUUCAAAAACACGCUUAUGGUCUUCAAGUUUCCCAAGAAGAAGUGUUGAAGAAAGGGAAAAAAAGAGAAGAGAUCGGGGGAGAGCGGGGGGAUAAGAGAGCAGGGAAGAGAGAGUUGAAAAACAAUGAUAAAACACUUUUAACAAUAACUAUGAAGUGAUUGCACCGAAAUAAAAUAACGCUAAAAAAUA